AUGAAUAUCACGUCGGCGUCGGGUCUUCUUGCUGCUAGUGAUCUGGUUGUACAAAUAAUACACGAGAAAAAACAAACUGUCGAUGUUCGCCGUCUACUCGGAGCCGUUGGUACAGGCGCUGCCACAGCCAACCUGGACGAAUGUAUGGAAGAAGGUCGCUAUGGAUACGAUUUGUGCGGUACCGAUAUAUUUGGUUACCUACAUUGUGGGCAAGUUCUUUCGACUCGUUUGGAUUUGCUAAUAUUGUUCCGUCUGCUUGUUUUAGGUACAUCUUUUGUCGAGGGGCGUAGAUCAGCCGAUGAACUUCAUAAGGAUAUUCGAGUUAAUUUCCCCACUAUGUAUGUUGCCGACAUCUGUACGUUCACACCUGUUCAACUAAUCAAUUUCAAAUACGUUCCACCAUUUUAUCGAGUGCCAUUUUUGUCCAUGGUAAUAUUCUUUUUCAAUACGUUUCUUAGUGCAUAUAAACAUGCACCUGAAACAUCUCAUCGUCAUGAAUAA